AUGAAAUCUGUUCCAUACGUAUGUUAUGGUAAUUGUUUGUACAUUGAGUCUAAAAUAGCUAAUGUCACAGGCAUUUCAGGAGUUAAUAGUAAAGGUUCAGUAGAAUAUAAAUCCUUCUGUUAUGAAGUAAAUUCAAUGUUCAUUCCAAACGUUCCUGUCAUAGCAACUCAUUUAGGUAAAUGGGUUCGCAUUAGUCCUCAUAAUUUGAAAGACAUGCAAUUCAGACUUGUUGACUUUCAAGGAGAGCCUGUAGAACUGAAGGCACCAGUGCGAAUGACUGUUGAAGUUGACUUUUUAGAAAAUAUUAAAUGCAACAGCUUACAAGAGAACUCAGAGCUAAAAAUAUAA